AUUUCUCCCCACAAGAAAACAAACAUUUGAAAUCAUGUAUCCACCACCACCAAGUUCCCAACACGACCUUGUCCUCCAUCGUCUCCAAUGGACACCCUCUCAAACUCUGUUUCAACCCUCAAGCUCCCUGCCCUUCACUCAAAACCUCGUCAGUUCUACCAUUUCAAGACUCCCUCCGCAUCUCAACAACUCCCUCCUACUCACUUCACCACAAAACCCAACUCAAUCUCCAACAGAAACACCAAUAUCCAGAUCUUAUCCCUCAAAAGUCUUACCAAUUCUCCAUCAUUUCUCAAGCCACCUCCCAACACCCACCAAAACCCAGCAACUGGCUACGCUGCAGCACUUCUAGACAUAGCCCAAUUCAACAAUUCCCUCGAAACUGUGGAGAAGGAUGUGAAGAGACUGUCAAAGCUGCUACGAAAUGAACAAAUUCAGUGUAUCUUGAUUAACCCUCUAGUGGGUGACAAAGAGAAAGGACUAGUACUGAAAGAAGUGGGAAAGAAGGGUAAAUUCAACAGCAUACUGGUGAGAUUAUUGACGAUGCUAAUAGAGAGAAAUAAGAUAAUGAUAGUGAAUGAGGUGUUGGUUGAAUUCCAAAGGAUAUUUGAUGAGUUGAGCGGAACAAAGGUAGUAUUGGUCUCUUCUAAGAAGAAGAUGGAGGAAGAUGCACUGUUUCGGAUUGCUCAAAGUGUGCAAAAGUUUAGUGGGGCUGUGAAGGUGAAGGUAAGGAACUUGGUUGAUGAAAAGUUACCAUCGUCUGCUGUGUAAUUGAAGCUCCUUUUCAAUGUUAAGAUUCAAUAUAUUAAUAAAAAAAUCAGAUCUGGAUACGUUUGAGAUGUGA